CUUAGUAGUUAAUUGUAUUGCUUAAAAAUAUUGUUGUUUUAGUAAAUACCAGAUUAAAUUUCCAUCGUAAUUGGUCUGUAUCUGGAAAUGGCUUCAUCAGAAACGGAUUUAAAUUUUCAUGAUUCCGGUAGCAAAGAAUUGUGGAAUGUAGAAGGUGAAAUUGGUGGUUCGUCAACAGGUGCAGCAACAUUGAAUCUUGAAGAUGAUGGAAAGACUCACACUUUUACUGAGUUUCCUGCAUCUGCUGCAGAUGAAGAAGCAGAUGAAGUAUCUGACACCUCCAAUCUCAUUAAUGAGAACAAAAACCCAAUCUGGACAUUUGCAUAUUAUCAAGAAUUGUUUAACGUCAAUACAGAUACCGUGCUACAGCGUAUCAAAGGCUCAAUGAUUCCAAGCCGGAAACAAACGUUUACAAGAAGAUAUAUUGGUGGUAGACCAGAUAUGUAUGGCCCGUUUUGGAUCUGUGCUACUCUUGUUCUCUCUAUUGGCGUAUGUGGUAAUCUUACAACACUCCUCACCCAUAUAACUGAUGAAACAUAUCAUUACACUCCACAAUUUGAGCGUCUGUCUAUUGCAGCUAUAAUGGUGUACAGCUACACAUUCUUAAUUCCACUAUUGAUCAAAGGGGUUUUAUGGUGGAGAAAAAGCUCUUCUAAUUAUUCUGUUGUUGAUAUCAUCUGUACAUAUGGUUAUUCUUUAUUUGUGUUCAUACCGGUUUCAAUUUUACUGCUGGUCCCAUCCGACCCUUUUGACUGGAUAGCUUUAAGCAUAGCAAUUCUUCUAUCUGGAUCCUGCAUUGCUGUAAGCAUGUGGCCAGCACUGCAAGAUGAUAGUAAAAAGGUAGCUGUCGUUUUUACAGCAGUUCUUUUAAUCCUUCAUACAGCUUUGGGUGUCACUUUUCGACUUUACUUUUUCUCUCCAAUUUCCGCACAAGUGAUUAAUAAUAGUAGUAGUAUUGCAAGCACAUCAACACACGCACUCACAGAGAAGAGUAUAAUUACAAUAGGAACAACAACAAAUACUGGAGAGUGACAACAUAAGUUCUUUUAUAUUUAAAACAUUUGUAUUUAUGUGAGUAAUCUAUUUGUUAUAUUGCUGGAAUCUGGGUGUUUCAUCAAGCUGCAUUAAAGAUGAUUUUUUGCCGGCAGUGCAACAAUAAAUAAAAGUAACCAAGAUCA